CUCACGCCUCUCGCGAGAGGAGGAGGCCCCACGGAAGCGGGCGGAACAGGUCGCGCAGUCCCCUACUCGUCGUGUCGCCAUCGUCAGCGUGGGUGCCCGCUUCCAAGAUGGCGGCGGCAGCGGCGGUGACUGGUGUCCUGGGACGGGCGGGCUGGAGGCUUCUGCAGCUGCGUUGCCUACCUGUCUCUGGGUCUCUCCAGUGCAGCAGCCAGCAUGUUUGGGAAUGACGGCAGUGAGCUGAUACUGCACUUUGUGACCCAGAGCAACGCUCAGCUUACCUGCAUUCUAGAAGAGGAGCAGAAGCUGGUGCAGCUGGGCCAGGCAGAGAAGAGGAAGACAGACCAGUUCCUGAGGGAUGCAGUGGAAACCAGACUGAGAAUGCUGAUUCCCUACAUUGAGCACUGGCCCCGGGCCCUCGGCAUCCUCCUGCUCCCUCACAACAUCCCACCCAGCCUAAGCCUGCUCACCAGCAUGGUGGAUGACAUGUGGCAUUAUGCUGGGGACCAGUCCACAGAUUUUAACUGGUACACCCGCCGAGCUGUGCUGGCUGGCAUCUACAACACAACAGAGCUGGUGAUGAUGCAGGACUCGUCCCCAGAUUUUGAGGACACUUGGCGCUUCCUGGAAAACCGGAUUAAUGAUGCAAUGAACGUGGGCCACACUGCCAAGCAGGUGAAAUUGACUGGAGAGGCUCUGGUGCAAGGACUCAUGGGUGCAGCAGUGACGCUCAAGAACCUGACAGGUCUAAACCAGCGCCGGUGAGAGGAAGGGGAAUACACCAAAGUGCUUGGAAGAAAACCAGCGAGUAGAUUUAAAGGGCUUUGAGAAGUAUGAAGCAUCAUCCAUGGGGUAGGAUGUUAAUGAGCACACACUGAAGGACUCCAGAGUCACUCCCACAGCCACCUGGAAACCACAGGGCCCUUGAUGAUAUGGUUCUGGCCUAGCACAGGUCACCUCUUCAUUUUCUGAUAGCAGGCUCUGGCCUUUUGAUGCCUUUCUGUAGUGCAGCUGUAUGAUUGAAAAAUGAGACGCAACCAAGCAACAUAAAACUCAGCACGCCCCAUCAUGGUCUCACAAGCAGGCACCCUGAUCAUGGCUUAGCUGUUUUAGGCGUGCUCCCUGGGGCUCCCAAGACCGAGGAAAGGUCUGAAGCUACCACAAGGUGGCAGCUCAUCCCCGGCAUGGCACAGCAUAGGCAGGAACACAGUUUCCUCAGCUGACCUGAGAGGCUACUCCUGCUGAUCCCCUCUGAAAGCUGCCUCACCUGGACAGGUGCCUGCUGGACAGUGUUGUGAUUCCAAGCUUGGCAUCACAUUAUGCCAACAUGCAUUGAAGGAUUAUUGGUGUAUUUAGGAUCUGUAAAAAAUAAUAAAUAUGUUUGAAGGAAA